AUGAAUCCAAGAAAUAGGGUAAAACCUGCAAAUCAAGUUCAGACUUUCGGAAAACACAUGCCAGACCAGUCUGAUGGGAAAUUAAAGCAGACAAUCUUGACGUUCCACAUCACCACAAGAGAAGCAUUUCUUCACUGUGCCCAGAAGUAUACGUCACGUGGCGACAUUGAAGCUGCCCGAAAAAUGAUCUUGAAAGGUGUUAGAACUGAUAAGGAUAACUUGACUUUCAUGGUGGCCCUCAAGGCAUGUACGAGGUUGUUGGAUUUGAAAACGGGGGAGGAAAUUUGGUGUAGAGCAAUGGAUUGUGGGUUUGAGCUUCAUUCGUUAGUUGGGUCUUCAGUUUUGAAUUUGUAUGCAAAGGCGAGUAAGUGGGAUGAUGUGGCUAGUGUUAGAAAAAAUCAUGGGAAGGACAGGGAUGAAGAAAGUGCCAGGGCUGAAUUUGUGUUGAAUUCCCUUGAUGAGGAAGUCAAAGGAAAAAUGUUAUGUAAUCACAGUGAGUGGCUUGCUAUUGCUUUUGGUCUCUUAAACACAGGGCCUGGAACCAGAUUACUGAUCAUAAAGAACCUUAGGGUGUGUGGGAAUUGCCAUGAAGCAACUAAGUUCAUUACAAAAAUUGUUAACAAAGAGAUUGUUGUGAGGGAUUUGAGGCAAUUUCAUCGCUUCAAGAAAGGGAUCUGCUCAUGUGGUGACUACUGGUGA